UCAGAGCAAAGAUGGCGGCUGAGACGCAAAAGAACAACAAGCCUCCAAAAAGUGGCGGAAAAGAGGCUCAACCUUUGGUUAUAGCCAAAACUCCCGCUGAAGCACAGCGACUCAAGUUGGAGCGGUUGAUGCGGAACCCGGAUAAACCCGUUCCCAUCCCCGAGCGACCCAAGCAGUGGAACCCUCGCGCUCCACCGGAGUUCGUUCGCGAUGUGAUGGGCUCCAGCGCCGGAGCAGGCAGCGGUGAGUUCCACGUUUACCGACACCUCCGCCGCCGGGAGUACCAGAGGCAAGACUUCCUCGACAGGAUGUCCGUGAAGCAGAAGAAGGCGCUGGCCUACUUGGAGAAAGUGGAGCAGAACAAGAAGGACGCCGAGGAGAGAACGGCCAAGCGCCGGAAGAAGCGGGACAAGCUGAAGCAGAAGAAGCUCAUGGCGAAGAAGGCGAAAAUGGACAGCAAAAGCAAAGAAGAGGGAAACAAGAGCAGCAGUGAGGACGAAAAAGAGGACGACGACGACGAGGAGGAGGACGAGAGGGAGGCGGAGGACGAUGCAGAGACCCCGAGUUUCAUCAUGGGAAAUAAAUAACACCACAGUUUCCGUUUGAAUUGGAACAUUUCGUCUUUGUGGAGAAACUUUCUGAAAGACUCGAUCACUGAAGACGGUGUCAGCAACAGUUGGACUCUCAUGCAAAUCCGUUUUAAGUCUUGUACAUUUUUAAUAAAAACCCAGAAAGAAUUUCCAAACGC